UUUUGUGCCUUUCAAUCUGCAAACACGUUACGUCCAAGUGCCAGUGUAUACGUUGUUCAGACUUUGGCUAGUGACUUAAUAUUUGAGUACAGAGAACCAAACGAAGCCAAGAUGACUUUGGAACAGCCAGCCGGUGAAAUGUGGCAGAAGAUACGCGAGGAGCUGAACGAAAAUGUGGAGACCAGAGACUCCGACCUCGCCCACAUCAAGGAGUGGCUGAAGAAGGAACCACAUCUACCUGAUGAAUUCGAUGACCAGCGCAUCAUGACCUUCCUCCGAGGUUGUAAGUUCUCCUUGGAGAAGACCAAGCGCAAGCUGGACAUGUACUUCACUAUGAGGACAGCUGUGCCGGAAUUUUUCACGAAUCGUGACGUCAAACGUCCAGAAUUGCAAGAAAUUUUGAGUUUAGUUCAAACUCCUGCAUUACCUGGCAUCACUCCCGAGGGCAGAAGGGUUGUUAUUAUGCGAGGACUCGAUAAAGAUGCUGCUACACCAAACGUUGCCGACGCUUUUAAGUUGGCCUUCAUGAUGGGAGACGUCAGACUUGCCGAAGAGAAGGAGGGAGUAGCAGGAGACGUGUACAUUCUGGAUGCUUCCGUGGCAACUCCUACGCACUUCGCCAAGUUCACACCGACCUUGGUCAAGAAAUUCUUAGUUUGUGUACAGGAAGCCUAUCCCGUCAGGCUGAAAGAAGUGCAUGUUAUCAACGUAUCCCCACUUGUAGACAAAAUCGUGAACUUUGUCAAGCCCUUCAUAAAGGACAAGAUCAAAGAAAGGAUCUUCCUUCACACUGACACUAACGAUCUUUACAAAUAUGUUCCCAAAGAAAUGAUGCCUGCGGAAUAUGGUGGUAAUGCUGGUUCUAUGAGCGACCUUCAUGCUUCUUGGGUGAAGAAACUAGACGAGUACACAGAUUGGUUUGCAGAGCAAGAGAAUAUCAAGGCAAACGAGGCUCUGAGACCAGGCAAGCCUACUAAUUACGACGAGCUGUUCGGAAUCGACGGCUCAUUCCGUCAGUUGGUGAUCGACUGAAAACUUUCUCAGAUACGUACGAAGAAUGUAAUUAAAAACUAUCGCGUCUAAUUCGAAUGUCCAAGCCCAAAUCAAAUACAAAAAAAAAACAAUUCCAUUUUCAAAUAUGUACGUUAAAAUAUAUCAAAACUGACAUUCUGUUAGACAAGCAUUUUUCGUACGCAAUUCGCAGCUUAGACUAAGUUUAUCCUAUCAAGUUUCAAUGAUAUCCUUAUCGCAGUAUUAUACCAUCUGAAUUAUCUCACUUGAACUUGGUUAGAUAUGCGUCUCUUCUAUCCGCUUAUUUUCAGUGAAGUAUCAAUAGUUCAAGUUAUUCUCAAGCGACGGAAUGCAAGUGUCUUCUGACGUCUUACAUCAAAACUGACAGUUGUCAAUUUGACACAUGUCAGAUUGUUUUGAGCCUUGAAUAUUUUGCAUUGUAUUACUAGUUUUUUUUUAAUUGUUAACCAAAGUUUGCUCAAUAUUGUUUAUGAGUUGAUAACGAUCGUAUAAAAUACGAUCUAGGUUUAAGUAUUAUCAAUAAAUACUCUUUUACAAA